AUGGUGAACCCCAAACUGUGCAGGUGUGACACCAACAGAGCCGUGUGCAACCUAGUUUGCUGCUCAGAGUCGGCACAGGUCAAAAGGUCAGGCAAGCUGGUGAAGUACUUCAGUCGGCAACUGUCCUGCAAGCUCAAAGUGCCCUUAGAGGAGCGGAGCGUGGACCUGGAUGGCUUCCCCUGCCUGGCUGACUGGUUCCGCAUCGUCGACAUGAGGAAGGAGGUCACCGAGGAGCUGGAGCCAGACCAGUUAACCCUCGAGGCGCUGCUGGACAUGAGGGAGGAGCAGGUGUGCGCGUCUAUGGAGCAGUUCGGUGCCAACGCGGAGGAGUGCGCCCGGCUCAACGCCUCGCUCGCCUGCCUCCGCGACGUCCACCAAUCAGAGAAACUUGAGGAUGACAAAUUGAACUCUAAUGGAGGCGGCACCCCGUCCAGGCAGGACUGGGCCAUACAGUGGCCUGUCAUUGAUUCGGACACCCAGGCCAGCGAGCACAGCCAGUGGGUCCGGCUGCAGCUCUCCCAGAGCCCCAAGCUCCAGGCCAAGUACAGCCACCAACAGCAUCAGCAGCAGUGCCAAAGCCCCCAGAGCCUGGGCCCUUCCUCCUGCGCCUCCUCACUGCUCCUCACCACGUCCGACAGGCUGAUGGUGACGGAUGGUGGAGGUUGUGGUGGCGGCCUCUUCCCCGCCACCCUGGACUCCCCCGGGCUGGGCUACCGCUCGCUGCCCCCCUCGCCCCGCCAGCGCCACUUCGCCCACACGCCUCCGACGCCCCGCACGCCCCUGGUGGUGAACACGGUCGUCAUGACGCCGCCGGGAACCCCGCCCAUGCGCCGGCGCCACAAGGUCAGAGCACCUGCCACACCGCCCCCUGCUGGCCGCAAGCUGAUUCACCUGCUGCCGGGCUUCACCACGCUGCACCGCAGCAAGUCCCACGAGUUCCAGCUGGGCAACCGCAUCGACCCCGACACACACACGCCCAAAGCCAAGAAGAAGGGCAAGCCUCUGAACCUGAAGAUCCAGAGCAGCGUGGGCAGCAGCUGUGAGAACCUGCCCACUACGCAGCGCUCCCCCCUCCACAGCGAGCGCUCCCUGCGCUCCUUCUUCUUCCCCUCCUAUGUGCCCUCCACCCCACCCGUGCACUCCGAGGCCUCCACACCCUCCGCCAACACUCUCUUAGUGCCUCGAUGGUCCCCACAAAUUCCCCGCCGUGAUCUCGGAAACUCAAUCAAACACAGAUUUUCCACCAAAUAUUGGAUGUCCCAGACAUGCACAGUUUGCGGGAAAGGAAUGUUGUUCGGACUGAAAUGUAAAAACUGCAAAUUGAAGUGCCACAACAAAUGUACCAAAGAGGCCUCUCCUUGCCACCUGCUGAUCAUGCCCCGAGGUGGUCACCAUGCUUUUAAAGACCAUCAAGCUUCGGUUCAAGCAAGAUUAGUCAGGACGGAGUCUGUACCUUGUGACAUCAACAAUCCUCUCAGGUAUACGGACCUGCACAUCAGCCAAACGCUACCAAAAACCAACAAAAUCAACAAGGACCACAUUCCUGUUCCGUACCAACCUGAUUCCAGCAGCAACCCGUCCUCCACCACCUCCUCCACUCCGUCCUCUCCGGCCCCUCCUCUUCCCUCCAGUGCCACACCCCCGUCGCCGCUGCACCCCUCCCCCCAGUCCGCGCGACAGACCAAGCCCCUCACAAGCCUCACAACCUCUCAUUACUUCAAAUACAAGCAGCAGUUCAUCUUUCCCGACGUGGCCCCAGAGGUACCACCUACCAGAGCACCCCAGGUUAUUCUGCACCCGGUUUUAUCUGAGCCUGUUAACCCCGGAAACCCUCUCCUGCAAAUUGAAGUGGAGCCCACGUCAGACAACGAGGAGGGCAACGACGAAGCGGACGACUCGGCGGACGAGUUCGAGGAGUUCGAGAACCUGUCGCUGCUGUCGGCGCGCAGCUUCCCACGCAAGCACAGCCAGACCAGCAUAUUCCUGCAGGAGUGGGACAUCCCCCUGGAGCAGCUGGAGAUGGGAGAGCUGAUCGGCAAGGGCCGCUUCGGCCUGGUGUACCGCGGCCGCUGGCACGGCGAGGUGGCCGUGCGCCUCAUCGACAUCGAGCGCGACAACGAGGGCCAGCUCAAGGCCUUCAAGCGCGAGGUCAUGGCCUACCGCAACACGCGCCACGAGAACGUCGUGCUGUUCAUGGGCGCCUGCAUGAGCCCGCCGCACCUGGCCAUCAUCACCAGCUUGUGCAAGGGCCGGACGCUCUACUCAGUGGUGCGCGACGCCAAAGUCAUCCUCGACGUCAACAAGACCAGACAGAUUGCACAGGAGAUGGUCAAGGGUAUGGGCUACCUGCAUGCGAAGGGCAUCAUUCACAAAGACAUGAAGUCCAAAAACGUCUUCUACGACAACGGCAAGAUUGUCAUCACUGACUUCGGCCUCUUCACCAUAUCUGGAGUCCUGCAAGGAGGAAGCCGGAGACAGGACAAGCUGUGCAUCCCUAGUGGCUGGCUGUGCCACCUGGCCCCGGAGAUCGUGCGGCAGCUCUCCCCCGACACUGAGGAGGACAAGCUCCCCUUCUCCAAGCAGUCUGACGUCUUCGCAUUCGGCACGAUCUGGUACGAGCUCCAUGCGCGCGAGUGGCCUUUCAAGAGCCAGCCAGCGGAGGCCCUCAUCUGGCAGGUUGGCACGGGCCUGAAGCCCAACCUCACGCAGCUCGGCAUGGGCAAGGAGAUCUCGGACAUCCUGAUGUUCUGCUGGGCGCAUGAGCAGGAAGAGCGUCCGAGCUUCUCCAAGCUGGUGGAGCUGCUGGAGAAGUUGCCCAAGCGCAACCGCCGCCUCUCGCACCCGGGACACUUCUGGAAAUCAGCUGAGUAUGUCAAAUGA